AAAAGACACAAACAGCGUGUGCAGCCCUACGUUUGUCUCAUCUAGAAAGUUCUGGCAAGUGAAAUAUCUGACCGGUAAAUGACAGCGUGAGCGUUUUUACUCUGAGAGGAAUAUUUUCAAACACAAAAUGUCUCUUAUUUCCGAGGAAAAUGUUCGAGGAGGAAGUGUUUUUAGGGAGCUUAGUGCUGACGACGAAGAUUGGCAGCCCACCGAGAUUGAGAGCCUGUGUAUGAACUGCUAUCAGAACGGAACCACCCGAAUGCUCCUGACUAAAAUACCUUUCUUCAAAGAAAUCAUCGUUAGCUCCUUUAGCUGCGCCAGCUGCGGCUGGUCCAACACGGAGAUCCAGUCUGCGGGCCGGAUCCAGGAGCAGGGCGUCUGUUACACCCUCAAAGUCAAAGCAAAGCAGGACUUGAACCGAGAGGUCGUAAAAGCCGACAGCGCGACCACCAGGAUCCCCGAGCUCGAUUUUGAAAUCCCCGCUUUCACCCAGAAAGGUUCGCUUUCUACCAUCGAGGGGCUGCUGGACCGAGCGGUGGCCGGACUCGAGCAGGACCAGCCCGCGAGGCGCGCGGCAGACCCGCAGGUGGCGGACAAAAUAGAGGAGUUUAUCCAGAAACUGAAGAAGCUAAAAGACGUCGAGCACGAAUUCACGCUUGUGAUUGAAGAUCCGUCAGGGAACAGUUUUAUAGAAAACCCCGUUGCUCCUCAGAAGGACGAGGCUCUGACGGUGACCCGGUUCAGGAGGACCGUCCAGCAGGACCAACAGCUGGGGAUCAGAGCUGAUGAUGACCUGGAGGAAGAGCCAGCUGGGAACGACCUGGAGGUCAUGAGAGGAGAGGUCCUGGUCUUCCCAACCAACUGCCCUGAGUGCAACGCUCCUGCCUCCACCAACAUGAAGCUGGUCCAGAUUCCCCACUUCAAGGAGGUCAUCAUCAUGGCCACAAACUGCGACAGCUGUGGCCAUCGAACCAAUGAGGUUAAAUCCGGUGCAGCUACAGAGCAGCUUGGCACCAAGAUCACGCUGCACAUCACCGACCCUUCAGACAUGACCAGGGAUGUUCUCAAGUCGGAGACAUGCGCUGUCCUCAUUCCUGAGCUGGAGUUUGAGUUAGGAAUGGCGGCUCUGGGGGGAAAGUUCACUACACUGGAGGGCCUGUUGCAGGACAUCAAGGAUCUGAUAGUCUCCAAAAACCCCUUCAUCUGUGGCGACAGUAGCAGCAGUGACCGGCUGGACAAGCUGAAGGAGUUCGGAGAGAAGAUUGAAAAGAUCCUCGCUGGACAAAUGAAAGUGCACAUAAUCCUAGAUGACCCAGCAGGGAACAGCUAUUUGCAAAAUGUUUAUGCUCCAGAGGCAGACCCUGAGAUGACAGUGGAGAAGUACACACGCACAUUUGAGCAGAAUGAAGAGCUGGGACUGAAUGACAUGAAAACUGAAAACUAUCAACAAGAAAAAUGAACUGAACAGAAUAGCUACAAAGACUGAAAAACCAGAGAAUUGGAAAUAUGUAGACAUGGACCCAGUGUAGAAUUGCUGCAUAUUUCCUCCAAUUUUAUGUUUUAUUUUAAAAACUGGGUGAUUUGUUGCUUUCAAACGGCCUUAUACCGUACUUGAGUAAUUCUAAGUUGUUGUAACUAAGCGUUUUACCGAAAGGAAACCUGAUUUGUAAAAAAUAAAUACAAAUAAUAAAGUUAAAUAUCUGCUCAAAAUCGUGCAU